GACUAAACAGAAAUGAAGAAAAAGAGGUAGAGAAUCGACGAUAGCUUAUCGUCCUCACUCUACAGACACAGAGUCUUCUCUUCUCUUGUCUUCUAAUCCCAAAAAAUGGAAUCGAAGGUGGUAGUAGACGCAGAAACGAAAUCCACAGAAGAAGAAGAAGCACUCGCCAUUGUCACUUCUCCUUCUCUACCAAUCGCCUCGCUAUCUCUCUCCUUCUCUCCCUUAUCAACCACAACAACACAGUUUAGAUUCUCACACCUCUUCGCUCAUCAUCCAAACAAGGUCAAGAUCCCAACGCAGGCCUCUUACCUCACACACCUCUCCCUUUCCUCCCUUUCUCCUUCUCCUUCCCGAGUCUCCUCCUUCAAAUCCACCUUCUCCGCUAACCCCUUCCACUCCCCUCUCUCCAUCGUCCCGCGCCGCCCCGUCGACCCCUCCUCCGCCGCCGCCCUCCGCCGAUCCGCCGUCGUCUGGUUCCGAAACGACCUCCGCGUCCACGACAAUGAGUGUCUCAACUCCGCCAACGACGAGUGCCUCUCCCUUCUCCCCGUUUACUGCUUCGACCCUCGCGACUACGGCAAAUCCUCCUCCGGCUUCGACAAGACUGGUCCCUUCCGCGCCCAGUUUCUCAUCGAGUCCGUCUCCGAGCUCCGGAAGAAUCUCGAGGCCAGAGGGUCGAACCUCGUCGUCAGGGUCGGGAAACCGGAAGCUGUUCUGGUGGAAUUGGCUAAGGAGAUCGGAGCAGACGCGAUUUACGCUCACAGGGAAGUGUCUCACGACGAGGUUAAGGCGGAAGGGAAGAUAGAGAGUGCUAUGAAGGAGGAAGGCGUUGAAGUUAACUACUUUUGGGGAAGCACUCUCUAUCACUUGGACGACUUGCCGUUCAAAGUUGAAGACUUGCCUUCGAACUACGGAGCGUUCAAGGAUAAAGUUCAGAAGCUUGAGAUUAGGAAGACGAUCGCAGCUUUGGAUCAGUUGAAAAGCUUGCCCUCUCGAGGAGAUGUUCAGCUUGGCGAUAUUCCUUCUCUCUUGGACCUCGGCAUCAACCCUAGUGCCAGAACCAGCCAGGAGGGGAAACCGACCAUGGUUGGAGGAGAGACAGAGGCGUUGACUAGGCUAAAGAGCUUUGCAGCUGAUUGUCAAGCUCGUUUGGCCAAGGGAGGCAAUCAGAAAGGAGGGAAUAACAGUGUGUUUGGUGCAAACUUCUCUUGCAAGAUCUCUCCUUGGUUAGCCAUGGGAAGCAUCUCUCCUCGUUCCAUGUUUGAUGAGCUCAAGAAAACUAUUUCUGCUUCAACCACCCCUUCAGCUCCAAGGAACGGACCAGGAGAUACGGGAUUGAACUGGCUGAUGUAUGAGUUGCUAUGGAGAGAUUUCUUCAGGUUUAUAACGAAGAAGUACAGCUCGGCCAAGACGCAGGUGGAGGCUGGUCCUGCUACAGCCUGUACCGGCGCUCUUGCUUAAAACCUUCAAAAUUAUAACCCAUAUCUGGUCUAUCCCAUAGUUUUUGUGGUUGUGAAUUUAUCUGAGGCAGGACUUAACUGCUACAUCUUUUGAAACCUGAGAAUGUCCGGAGAAUUGAAUCAUAAGCUCAUUUUGUUUGCUUGAUCA